AUGGGUGAACAGAAUAAACGAGUUGCCAUUAUAACAGGCGCGACUUCUGGCAUUGGAGCCGAUAUUGCCAGGGACCUGCAUUCACGUGGAUGGAAAGUCGCCUGUGUUGGCCGCCGAACCCAGGCUGGAAACGAUCUAGUGCAGAGCCUGGGUGAGAACGCACGUUUUUUCCAAGCAGAUGUCAGCAACUAUCAGAGCCAAGCUGCCGUCUUCAAAAAGGUUUUCCAGUUAUGGGGGCGAAUUGAUGUCCUCUGCGCGAACGCUGGCGUGGGUGACCAGUCCUCGCUUUAUCUUCUUAACCGGCGUGAUAAAGGAGCGGAGGACGUCCCUCCAGAGCCGGACCUUUCCUGCACUGAUAUAAAUUUCAAAGGUGUCCCUGCGGCGGGCGGAAGGAUCGUGGUGACCGGCAGUAUCGGGGGUAUUUUCCCUCAUAAAACGUAUCCCGAAUACAGUGGGACCAAGGCAGCAGUCAAUCAAUUCGUUCGUGCCGUUGCACCAGCAUUGAAGGCCAAGGAUAACAUCCUUAUAAACUGCGUCUUGCCCGGUAUUGUUGCCACGCCCAUUGUUCCUCCUGAGAUGAUCGAGGCCGUGGCUCCGGAAUGUCGGACUCCGAUGAAGACGGUCCUCGACGCAGUCCAAAUAUUCUUAGAAGAUGAAACGGGCAUGGCUGGCCAACUGCUGGAAUGCUCCGCAGAUAAACUGAUCUAUUACCAUCUUCCAGAGAUGGGGAAUGGACAUAUCACCAAACGGGCUGUCACCGUCUGGGAACCAUUGUUCAAGCUAGCGCACGGCGAGAACUCCGAUCUCCCGGAUGCGAUUCCAGACAUCAGCCCAUUCAAUGGCUCUUCUUUGGGUGCUCCACGAGAUGCCAAGCUCUGA